AUGAAGGUGGAAACGUCGCCAACUUUCGAACCGCCGCAAAGCAGCAUCUUCCGCUUGCAGCGUAAAAUCCUGCGGGCCUUCGGUAUCUGGCCGUUGGAUCGACCAACGCGCCGCUGGUUCGUGUCGCUUCAAAUCGGCGUUAAUCUGGUCGCGCUCGCCCUGUGCAUGAUUGGCGAGUUCCUGCACGGUCUGUACGCCUACCAGCAGGGUGAUCUGGGGGAGGCCAUCGAGAGCAUCUGUCCAACGGUGGCACGCGUUUCCGGCCUACUCCGCAUGGUGUUCUAUCUCGUCAACGAGCAGCACCUGGAGAAGGUACUGAAAAGCAUCGAAGUAGCCCAGCAACAUGAACAACCACACGAGCGGAACAACAGCCGAAAGAUUGCACUGGUCGGACAGCGGUUGACAUUCUAUCUGUUCCUGAUGAUGUUCUCGGCCGCCCUGCUCUACGGUGUGACACCGUUUCUCAUCAUGGCCUACAACUGGCACCAGGGCCAGUGGCCCUUGGUUAAGAUACUUCCCUUCAAGCUCGCGCUACCGUACGAUUGGCAGCGUUGGUUCCCGUUCACCAUGACCACCCUGUUCCUCAACUAUGCCUCAAUACCGACCAUAACCUCACAGUCCGGAAGUGACGCCCUGCUGACCGGCGUCUGCCUAUACGUUCGUGGCCAGUUUGCUGCCCUCGGUCAAGACAUUGCGACGCUCGCGAGCGAGCAGCAACCCCGUAUCGGCAAGACGGUAUCGGUCGUGGCGAGCGAACAGGAAACGCGCCGCAUCAACCGGCAGCUGCAGCGCAUCAACGCACGGCACCAGCGCAUCAUCGAGAUGGUGGCCGAGGUGCGCACUGCCUUCGCGCCCAACAUUCUGCUCGUCUACAUGUGCACCGCGCUCAUUAUGUGCAUCGUUUGCAUCGCAAUGCUCACCGUUGAGGGCGUCUACAAGCUCACCUACCUACCGUACGCGUUCGCCGAACUGGCCAUCCUGUUCCUCUACUCCUACAGUGGCACAAUCAUCUGCGAGUCGAGUGAAGCCAUUCAAACGGCGGCCUACAGCUUCCCUUGGUAUCGGUAUGACCGCGACACGCGCCACCUCAUCCAGAUGCUGAUGAUCCGAGCUCAGUAUGGUUCGAACCUGAAUGUUCCCUUCUUCGAGACCUCCAUGGCGACCUUUUCGGUGAUCGUUCGCACUGCUUCGUCGUACAUUACGCUGAUGAAAUCAUUCCUUUAA